AUGUCGGAAGGAUUCGCGAUUAGAGUGGAGCAAGGUCUUAAGCUCUCAAGAAGGAUAUACUACGGUAAAGGAGUAACUCCUCCUUUAGUACCAGAUCCUCCUUCGUCGCCGGAAAAUUUUCUUCCGACGGCGAUUACGGCUUAUGCUUCGAUUACAGAUCCGGUGGCUGUAGAUAAUCCCGACGUUCCUAGUUACCAGCCGUAUGUACACGCACGGUGUGAUCCGUCGGCGCUCGUGCCGCUUCAGAUGCUCGGAAUAGAGAUGAGAGUAGAUUGUUGGCUCGACACGGCGUUUGUCUCCGUCACCGGACGGUGGCGAGUUCACUGUGUUAUGCCUAGCAAAAGAUUUGACUGCUGCGUCGCUGUUCCUAUGGGCGAAAAGGGUACAGUACUAGGAGCUGAGAUUGAUGUAAUGAGCAAUGAGAAAUCUUACAAGACGAAACUAGUUACAGAGGAAGAGACUUUAGAGUUUGAUAAUGUUCAUAAAGACAAAGAUUCACGUUUCAUGAAGUCUCAAAUCUAUACUUUCAAGAUCCCACAUGUUGUUGGAGGAUCGAUAUUUUCGGUUAAUGUGAAUUGGUCACAGAAAUUGGUUUACAAAGAUGGAAAGUUUCAUCUCAAUGUGCCAUUUAGAUUCCCUGGUUAUGUGACUCCUAUAGGGAAAGAGAUUACCAAACGAGAAAAGAUUGUGUUAAACAUGAAUUCUUGUGUUAAUGGUGGCGAAAUUGCUUGUAGUUAUUCAAGCCAUCCUUUGAAGAUGAUUCACCGUGAAGCUGGUAAAUUAAGCUGUGAGUAUGAAGCUGAAGUAUCAUCUUGGUCAAGAGUUGAUUUUGGUGUUUCUUUCAAUGUUUCUUCUGGUGAUCUUACUGGUAAUGUUUUGGUUAAAUCUCCAUCUCCAUGGGAUUCAGAUGACAGAGGGAUAUUCUGUUUGUACCUUUUCCCUGGAACCACCAGGCAUAAGCAGGUUUUUAAACGAAGAGUUGUGUUUGUGAUCGACAUAAGUGGAAGUAUGAAAUGGAAGCCGCUCGAGGAUGUAAAGAAAGCCUUGUUAGAGUGUUUGUCUAAGCUAAAAGCUGAAGAUGUUUUCAACAUUAUCGCCUUCAAUGACGACAUUUUGGAGUUCUCAACUUCGAUGGAGUUUGCAACAGAUGAAACUAUCUCUGCUGUUACUGAAUGGCUCGAUACUAAUUUGAUCGCAAGUGGUGGAACAAACAUGUUGCUUCCACUCCAACAGGCAAUGAAACUGCUUGAAGGAAGCAAGAUUGGAGUUCCUCUUGUGUACCUUGUCACUGAUGGAUCUGUUGAAAACGAGAGAGAGAUAUGUAAUACCAUGAAAGAAUGUUGUAGCAGAAAGGAAAAAUCGGUAUCUCCUCGGAUAUCUACCUUUGGCAUUGGUUCAUAUUGCAACCAUUACUUCUUGCAAACGCUUGCGCGGAUAGGGAAUGGUUAUUAUGAUGGCACAAACAACACAGAUUCAUUCGAGCAUCAGAUGAGUAGACUAUUUGAUUCUGCUACUUCAACGAUUGUAGCCAAUACCACUUUCGAUGCUCUCAAACUCCUACGCUCAGUCGAGCUGUUUCCUUCUCGGGUUCCAGACAUUACGCUCGGUCAACCAUUGAUCUUGUCUGGUAGAUACAGAGGAGAGUUUCCAGAUGAAGUUGAACUCAGAGGCACAUUGGCUGAUUUGACCUGUUUCACAAUAGAGCUAACAGUUCAGAAAGCUAAGGACAUUCCUCUAGACAAGGUUCUUGCGAGGAGACAAAUCGAUGAACUCACUGCUCGAGCUUGGUUCGAAGACAAGAUAGAGCUACAAGAAAAGGUCACGAGGUUGAGUAUAGAAACAGGGUUUCCUUGCGAAUACACGCAAUUGGUUUUAUCACUCAAGCAAGAAGAGGGCGAAGAGAAGACGAUAACAAGACCGGUAUCAAUCAAAGAGAUUCUUAGGAACCCACCGUACCAAAUCCACAAGCAGAUGACUAGGAACAGCGAGAGAACGAGUUUGCUUGGUAAACAAGGGUUCGGUUUUGGUAACGUGGCUGCUACGUUAAAGAAUGUUCCGCCGUGGAUGGAGGAGCCAAAAGAGCCAGAAGGAGCGGAGGUUAUGAUAAGAGCGGCGUCGGGAGUGGUGGAAGGAGUGGUGGAUAGAGUUUGUUGUAUGUGUUGCUUGCGUUGCGUUUCGAGGAUGAGUGAUCAGUGUACGGUCGUAUUCUCUCAGCUUUGUGCAGCAUUGGCUUGUUUUCAGUGUAUUGGUUGCUGUUUCGAAGUCUGUGGCUGUCUGUCUUGA